AUGGGCGCCUCUCGGAAACCUGCCACCGGUGGCGCCCCCGGCGGCUGGGACAACAAGGACCUCGCGGGCUUGGAGAACUUCCUCGAGAGCGGCGGCACCGGCGGGUCGGACCCCUUCUCCGGCCCCGUGCCAGCCGGUGCCUUUGGAAGCAGUGGCGUGUCGCCGGCGCCGGACAUCUGGGCCGCGGCCCUUUCGGCCCCGGCGGCCACGCCCUCUCCGGCUCCCGCUGGCGGCGCCAUGAGGCUGCAGUCCCGGCCGGCCGCCAACAACCAGCCGAAUCUCAUGGACCUCCUCUGA